GGUCAGCGUCUCCCAGAAACGACGAUAGUACGCUGCCGUAGAGGAUUUCAUUCUCUAGCAUUCCAUAGUGAGAACAGCCAGCAAGAGUCAUGUGUUGAACUCGGUCGAAUAAUCCAUCCCAUCCCUCGACACAUGUUUCCGUGACAAAGUCAUGUUGUCCUCUUAGAAUCAACGCUGGUUGUUGCAGUUUUUCGGGAAUGGGUUCUUCUUCUUCUUGCGCUCCUUCUGAGGCUGUGUUCUUGGAAUCUACAGACACGACUACUAAGGAUGCCUUGUAAUCCCCAAUCGAUUGCAAUCCUCUCAGUCUCGGCGGCCCUGCUUGACUGUAGGAAUCCAUAAGGGGAAAUGGCAUUGGUACCAAUCUGCACUCGUGCUGUUCACGAAAUGCCUUGGGGACCUUUUUGGAGAGUGUGGUAACUCCGUCAUCAUCCGAAUCGUCCUCUUCUUCGUCAUUUCCAGUCAAUUCUCGACACAGUCGUUGGACUUCUUGUUCGACAAUGGCUGUGGAAGUUGGAACACUGGCCAAGACGGCAGAUUGACAUUUUUGUAGUUCUUCCAAAGAAUUUGUGUCGCGGCAAUACUUGAGGUAUUCAAAGAGCAAGAUUCCUCCAAAGGAAUGCCCCAACAAAUGGUAUUUAUCAAACUUCCAGUGUUUGAUCAAGAGAUCCAAAUCUCGCACCAUGCCGUCGACAUCCAGCCGGGACGUCUCUUCUUCGCCCGUCUCUGGAUUGGUUCGCGUGAGCGCGGACGGUUUGACCACGGUUUUCGACUGACCGCAACCCAACUGAUCGUACACCACAAUGCUUCGGUCCACCACGACAUAUGCCAGAGGCAACAAGUAAUUGCAAGGUAUCAAAGGCCCUCCAUGGAGCACCACCAGAGGCGGCUUUUGCUGCAAUUGACGUGGUCGAAAGAUCCGGUAUUGAAUGGUGCCUCGAUUGGGAAUAUCCAAUGAGCCAAUCUUGCACAUGACACCCGUCAUUCCAAGCGGUGGAGGAGCGCAUCGUUGUGGCCUUCCAGCAUUGGUGGUGUUGUUGGCACUGGGUGGAUCAAAGAACUUGGAGGGUAGCAUGGUGCUUGAGAUUACUAGAGGAUGUCGAGGUUGGAAAUGUGGUGAAUUCGGUGAGAAAGUGAGUGAGAAAGCCGUUGGAUCUUUGAAAAGAUACGAUCCACUGUGCGACCUGAACCGGAAAAGUCAACAACCGCACCAAACGAAACCACAAUGGCGAGACGGCGAGACCUAGCCAGGGCCUAGCAGGCGAGAGGCGAGAGAGACAACAAGGAUGAUGGCUCUGGGGCCGAACAAACAAAGCCAUGGCCCACUAAAGACUCUUCUCCAUGGCACCCAACGAGACGACGGAGAAACGCGAUGGAUUCAAACCUCCAAGCGAGAACCCUUCCAACAUGAAAUUCCUCGACGGAAGAAACGACGGCCGAAAAGAAACGGAUGUGCAUUGGGGCCGUUGUUUCUUCUCCUUGAAUGAAGCAUCUCGUCUCAUUCAUUCAACAUCUGGUCUCAUUUUUUCAAACUUGACUCCUUACGACGCAUUUACUUCCAGUUUGAUUAUCAGUCUCCUUUGACAAUGAAGACCGGGCUUCCUUCCUUCCCAGCAAUCUUGGUAAUCACGAUUUUGAUGAUUACGAAUGCCUCUGCAACGAUGACCCCUCCCAAUGGUGCCAGAGCACUCAGUCAAACUCUUCUGGGAAGUAGCAAGGGAAUCAAUUUUGGACGCAAGGUGGAAUUGUCACACGACGGAGAACGAUUGGCAGUGGGACAAGAUGAAACUGUGACAAUCUACGAACGAACAAAGAUCAAGUCCAAUAUUGAAGACAUUACCACAGACAAAGCUUGGAAGAGAAUCCAGGUGAUACCUGCCACUACUGACAAGCCUGUAACCCAUCGGAUCUCUCUUUCUCCCGAUGGCAAAGCCGUUGCCAUUCGACACAAGGAAAACGUGAAGGUCCAUGUGGUGGAUACUGGCGAGCUGAUGGGAGCUCCUGUCAAUGUCUGUGGCCCUUACAACAUUUGGAAUCGAAAUGUCAAGCUGCAUCAGACACCUCCUCAUUCCGCCUUUGGACAAUAUACUAUGCUCACGGUUAGCUGUGAAGGUUCCAAUGCACUGGCUGGUGUGGUCAAGAUUCUGCGAUUUAACGAGAAUGACAAUCAGUGGGACAACCUAUUUACAAUCACUCCUCAAGAAACGAGAGGCCUGUUUGGUUGGGAAACUGCCAUGAACAUUCACAGCGAUGAUUGCAUUCUCAUUGCCAUUGCCAGUCCUCUAUUCGACAAUUGGCGAGGAAUGGUCCAAGUCUUCAAGCUCACUCCAGACGGACAGGUGACUCUGCAUGGGGAUACCUUGCAAGGAGAGAACCGAGGAGACAAAUUUGGAACUGCCAUGGCCUUUAACACCGAUGAACAGCCUCAUUUGGUGGUGGGUGCUCCCGAGUACGCCAAAGGGCAUGGUUGUGUCAGUGUUUUCCACUUUGACCGCCCCAGUGUCAGCGAGGAAAAGACCUGGCUUGCAAUCGGAGACAGCCCCAUGACUGGCACUCAGCAAGGUGACAAGUUUGGUUCGCUAGUGGCCAUCUCUGCCAAUGGUGACCGCAUUUUGGGCGCAUCAGCUGCAAAGGAAGGUGGUGUGCGCAGUUACUUGCGAACAUCUUUCCGAACAUUAGAGCUUCUUGGGACCUUCUCAGAUGAUGAAGCUGGGACUUCCUCAAUUGCUCUGAGUUACUCAGGAUCAAUUGCUGCUUUUGGUACCAUCAAAGGUUGGGACUCAAGUGGUGCAGUGGUGGGACGAACUCAAGUCUUCUUGGAUGGGAAUCCAUUCUGUGGUGUUGAAAUGCUAGGUGUUUCCAUGGAUGAUCAGUUCCUUAGCCGAACACUUUGCCGCAAUGGGCCAUCUGUCAUCACCACACCAGAUGCUUGCAUCAACCAUAACUCGGUCUUCCACUGCACCUGGGUUGACAACCUCAGUACUGCUCCUCCAAGUAGUGCCCCCAGUGCACUUCCUACUUCUACUCCCAGCAUGUCUCCUUCUGGUGUCCCCAGUGGUAUCCCCAGCACCUCACCCGCUGCAAACCCAAGUGCUGCUCCCAGUUUGACUCCAUCCCUGAGCCCCUCUCAAGUUCCCACCGGAAAACCUAGCAUUGCUCCGAGUGUGGAGCCAACUGUACCUCCUAGCAUUAGUCCUUCAGCAUUCCCCAGCAUGACCCCCAGUGUCCAGCCCAGCCUUGCUCCAACCGCAGUGCCAUCAGCAUCCCCAAGCUUUCUUGAUGACAGCAUUUUUGGUGAAGGCAGUGAAUGGGAUUUGCCAAUAGUUUCUGGCAUGGCUUGUGCCUCCAUUAUGGCUGUAACAGUUGGUGCAGGAGUAUAUUUGAAGGUAUGGACAAGGGGCGAGGAUGAAAGCAGCGGUGAUAGUGAGAUUGAACCUCAGAAUGACACAGAUGUUGGAUUAGAUCUUGAAGCUGCAAUCCCCACAGGGGUAGACGGUCCUCUUUUUGAUGUGUAUCUGGACCCUUAGAAGAGCAAGGGUGGGUUGUGGUGCACCUGCCUGCCUCCAUAGAGUAAACUUAAUUGUACUAGCUAGCUUUGACGUC